AUGACCGACUCAAAGGGCACCCCAUUCGCUCAAGCCCUCCUCGGGCGUGCUUUUUCUCCCGAUACAGCAGCUACACACUACACCGAGCGCGUCAUCAAGCGCCCGCUGAACAUCCGCGCAACCUCCCCAACACCAUCCGCACGCGCAGUCCGUCGGCAAACCCUCCACGAGCGCAAACAAGAGCAACAAAAACGCAGUAAAAACAAGCCCCGCCCGCUAUCUGCUGCUCAGAAGAGGAAGCUAUGUCUGAAUGAGAUUCCCAAGGAGCAGCAGAAGUAUGCGAUAUACGAGCCUUUGCACAGUCUCUGGGUUGGGUACAUGCGGGAAAUUCUGGGCUUGAACGACGCUGAGCGGGCUGUCCAUGUGACACCGAAUGCGAGUGGCCAGAUGCUGGCUAGUGCGGAUAUGCAUGGUGCGCUGCUCAGCGUGGUGAGGAGCCGGUGUGUGAGUCGCGUUGGCUUGGAAGGCAUCGUCGUCCGCGAUACCAGGUUCACGUUUGAGAUCAUCACCAGGCGAAAUGUAGUCAAGGCGGUACCCAAGGAGCACACGGUGUUCCGCUUCGAAAUCCCUCUACCUGCUAAAGAAGGAGAGGAAGUGAAAAAGCCACUCGUAUUCGAGAUAUUUGGCGAGCAGUUCCAGACACGAGCGGCUGAUCGCGCGAACAAGAAGUUUAGGAUCCAUUAUCAGCCGGACCUAUGA